CGCUCUCAUUACUCUACUCUCUCUUUCUCUCUCUAAAAUGUCUGGUUUUAUUCUCUCUCUCUGAAAUCACUGCGUUGAAAGUUGUAACGCCUCUGUAUUUUUUAGGGUUUCCUUUUUAACCAUGCUCUGUUUUACUACUCUUGCUUUCUGAAUUUUUUCGGAGCAGUGUACUGUAGGUGUGUUCUUUUUCCGGAACUGUGCAGCGGAAUUUUCUUUUAUGUGGUGAAGUUUUAAGAAGCACUUGAUUAACCUAUUGAGAUAUUGCAAUGGAUCCAAAUGAACACAAUGGUAAGGAGGCUCCAGAAGCGCUGCCUCCUCCUCCACCUGUUCCACCAAAUGUUACUCCACAAAAAGCUGAAAUUGAACCUGUAAAGAAGGUUGUACGAGUCCCAAUGGCUAGACGUGGGCUUGGGACCAGAGGAAACAAGGUUCCUAUCCUUACCAAUCACUUCAAAGUAAACGUGAAUAAGGUCGAUGGACACUUCUUCCACUACAGUGUUGCACUUUUUUAUGAAGAUGGCCGUCCAGUUGACGGGAAGGGUGUUGGCAGGAAAGUGCUUGACCGAGUUCACGAGACAUAUGACACUGAAUUGGCUGGCAAAGAAUUUGCUUACGAUGGAGAGAAAAGCUUAUUCACUGUUGGACCACUUCCACGGAACAAACUCGAGUUUACUGUUGUGCUUGAGGAUGUUACGUCAAGUAGGAACAAUGGAAACGCUAGCCCAGGAGGGCAUGGAAGUCCUAAUGAAAGCGACAGGAAAAGAUUAAGGCGCCCUUACCAAUCUAAGACCUUCAAAGUGGAGAUUAGUUUUGCUGCGAAAAUUCCAAUGCAGGCCAUUGCCAAUGCCUUACGCGGCCAGGAAUCUGAAAACUCUCAAGAAGCCUUCCGGGUUUUGGAUAUCAUUUUAAGGCAGCAUGCAGCAAAGCAGGGUUGUCUGCUGGUUCGUCAAUCAUUUUUUCAUAAUGACCCGAGGAACUUUGCUGAUGUUGGAGGUGGUGUUCUUGGUUGUCGAGGAUUCCAUUCUAGCUUCAGAACCACCCAGAGUGGCUUAUCAUUGAACAUUGAUGUAUCUACAACUAUGAUUAUCCAGCCUGGGCCUGUGGCGGAUUUUCUGGUUGCCAAUCAAAAUGUGAAAGAUCCCUUCUCACUUGACUGGGCAAAGGCAAAACGCACUCUUAAGAAUUUGAGGGUGAAGACAAGUCCGACUAACCAAGAGUACAAAAUAACUGGAUUAAGUGAGAAACCAUGCAGAGAACAAACGUUCACUUUAAAGCAGAAAAUCAAGGAUGAAGAUGGCGAAGUUCAAACAACAGAAGUGACUGUCUAUGACUACUUUGUCAACCACCGAAACAUUAAUUUGCGAUUUUCUGCUGAUUUACCAUGCAUUAAUGUUGGAAAGCCUAAACGUCCCACUUACUUCCCAAUCGAGCUAUGUUCCCUGGUAUCCUUGCAACGUUACACAAAAGCUCUAUCGUCCUUUCAAAGAGCUUCCCUGGUGGAGAAAUCAAGGCAAAAGCCACAAGAGAGGAUGUCAGUUCUGAGUAAUGCAUUGAAAAUCAAUAAUUAUGAUGCAGAGCCUAUGCUUCGCUCUUGUGGCAUUUCUAUUAGUAGUAACUUUACCCAGGUUGAAGGGCGUGUUCUGCCAACCCCUAAACUUAAAGUAGGUAAUGGAGAAGAUUUGUUUGCUCGAAAUGGGAGGUGGAAUUUCAACAAUAAGAAAGUUGUCGAUGCUAGUAAGAUAGAACGCUGGGCUGUUGUGAACUUCUCUUGCCGCUGUGAUGUGCGCAACCUGGUCAGGGAUUUGAUGAAAGUUGGCGAGAUGAAAGGAGUUGCCAUUGAACCUCCAUUUGAUGUCUUUGAAGAGAAUCCACAGUUCCGACGUGCUCCACCCCUUGUUAGGGUGGAGAAGAUGUUUGAGGACAUACAGUCAAAGCUUCCUGGCCCACCAAAGUUCCUUCUAUGUUUGCUUCCUGAGCGGAAAAACUCUGAUAUCUAUGGUCCUUGGAAGCGGAAAAACUUGUCAGACUUUGGAGUUGUUACUCAGUGUCUCUCGCCCACCCGUGUUAAUGAUCAGUAUCUGACAAAUCUCCUGCUAAAGAUAAAUGCAAAGCUUGGUGGACUCAAUUCUGUUUUAGCUGGUGAGCUAUCACCUUCACUUCCAGUGAUAUCCAAGGUUCCCACCCUAAUUCUUGGAAUGGAUGUGUCACACGGCUCACCUGGCCAGUCUGAUAUUCCGUCAAUUGCUGCGGUUGUUAGCUCAAGGCAGUGGCCAUCAAUUUCUCGGUAUAGAGCAUGUGUCCGUACUCAAUCUCCAAAAGUUGAAAUGAUAGACAACCUAUACAAACGUGUAUCAGACGCUGAAGAUGAUGGCAUUAUAAGGGAACUUCUGGUUGAUUUCUAUACUAGUUCCGGCAAAAGGAAGCCUGACCAAAUUAUCAUCUUCAGAGAUGGUGUCAGCGAAUCACAGUUCAAUCAAGUCCUGAACAUUGAACUCAACCAAAUUAUAGAGGCCUGCAAGUUCCUUGAUGAGAAAUGGUCGCCCAAGUUUGUGGUGAUUGUUGCGCAGAAAAAUCACCACACCAAAUUUUUUCAGCCAAAUGCUCCUGAAAAUGUGCAGCCAGGCACAAUAAUAGAUAAUAAAGUGUGUCAUCCCAAGAACAACGACUUCUACUUGUGUGCACAUGCUGGAAUGAUUGGGACUACGAGACCUACACAUUAUCAUGUCCUAGUAGACGAGGUUGGUUAUUCAGCUGAUGACUUGCAGGAGCUUGUGCAUUCCCUAUCAUAUGUGUACCAGCGUAGUACUACUGCAAUUUCUGUUGUCGCCCCUAUAUGCUAUGCUCACUUGGCUGCCACUCAGUUGGGCCAGUGGAUGAAGUUUGAAGACGCAUCAGAGACGUCGUCCAGCCACAAUGGUAUUGCUCCUGGUGGUGCUCCUGCUGUCACACCAAUGCCUAAACUAAAAGAGAAUGUCCGCAACUCCAUGUUCUUCUGUUGAGGCCUACAAGCCGUUCUAUACUUAUUUAGAAACCAUAUUUAUCGAGUAGGUUGUUCCAUAGCUCUUUGUGGGACUUUUGUGGCAGUUAACUUACCUGUCCAGUUUAGAACCGGUAAGCAGUAGUCUGGCCUAGUAUGAUCCUGCUAGUCUUCCAUGCACUAUUUUGGAUUUUGACUCGUGUUUUUCCGUUUGGAUUGCAUGGAAGUAUCUGUUCUGUGUGGCUGGAAUCUCGUGUUCUCUAAGUUAUGGCAUUAGAAUUGAGUGGAUGAUUUCUUGCGACUUCUGAGUCCUGGAAGUCACCAUGAAUGUGAUUUGUUUUUGGCCUUGCAUGGACAGGUUAUGAUGCGGGUUUGAUCCAAUUUGAGAUCCUAAA